AUGUAUCAAGACGUGGUGCAGAACAUACAACAGAAGCGCAGAGUUCGGGUAGGAGAUUGCGACGAGUCUAAUGAAAAUUUAUCGACCUCGGAAGGACGAAAAGCUUGGUUGGCACUAGGGUGGUUUCCAACCAUAGAUAGUGCAGUCACAGCAGAAUCUCCCACCGACUACACUACACCCACCUCGGAGUCUCUGACUCAAGCAGCAAAUGAGGAAGAGGGUCUUGAUGUUAUCUGCUAUGAGAAGACGGCAGAUCUGGGCGGAUUGUGGAACUAUAGACCCGGACAGAAGAAUAUAGGCGGUACUGUAAUGGCUACGACUGUUGUGAACACUUCAAAGGAGAUGAUGGCUUAUUCUGAUUUUCCGCCUCCAGAAGACUGGCCGAACUUCAUGCACCACUCAAAGGUAAAUGAGUACUUGCACAUGUACGCUGAACAUUUUGGAUUGAUCGAACAUAUACGAUUUAACGCAGUUGUGACAUAUAUAACUGAAGAGGAUGGCGGCUAUAGGGUGGAAUUAGAAGACGGUGCAGUGGAACAUUUCGAGAAAGUAAUGCUCUGCACUGGACAUCACGCUGAACCUCUACAUCCUCAGCUGAGAGAUGUUGAAAAAUUUAAAGGUCGUAUCAUGCACGCGCGUGAUUUCCAAGACAGUAAAGGGUUUGAGGGGAAAAAUGUGUUUCUCCUCGGCAUAGGAAACUCUGCCCUUGACAUAGCGGUCGACUUGGCAAAAAUCGCUAAAUCAGUUACAAUUUCAACCAGACGUGGAACAUGGAUUUUUAAUAAAAUAGCAGCAGGAGGCAUGCCCUAUGACACACUCUAUAUGACAAGAUGGUAUGAUUGGCUGAUGGAUGCAAUACCGUGGACCGUAGCUAAUGAUUUCAUGGAACAUCUUGUUCAACAACGAAUGGAUCAUGAUUUGUAUGGACUGAGGCCAAAUCACAGAUUUUUCCAACAACACCCCACAGUCAACGACUCGUUGUGUAACCUUAUUUGUACUGGUUACAUAUCAGUAGCCGACGAUUUUGACACAUUUACUGCUGACAAAGUGAUUGUAAAGAAUGGAAGAAGUUACGAUUGCGACGUGUUCAUCACCUGCACCGGUUACACUUUUGGUUUCCCAUAUUUGGACAGGAAAAUUUUACAUAUUGAGCAUCAUGAAGUUCCUCUCUACAAAUUCGUCUUUCCACCAAAUAAUGACAACUUAGCAGUGAUUGGCAUGAUUCAGCCUAUCGGAAGCAUUGUUCCGAUCUCUGAAAUGCAGGCACGCUGGGUCAUCCAGGUGUUUCUUGGGAAAGUGGCCUUACCAUCUAAACAAGCUAUGCUUGACGAUAUAGCAGAGAAAAGAGUACAGAUGAAAAGGAGAUAUUUCCAAAGUGAGAAACAUACAAUUCAGGUAGACUACGUGAAAUAUAUGGAUGAAAUCUCUUCCAUUAUUGGAUGUAAGCCAAAUAUUUCUAAGUUUAUGUGGUCUGAUCCUCGUUUCGCAUUACGACUUUUCAUGGGCGCUAAUGUGCCGUACGUCUAUCGUUUGGAGGGACCGCAUAAGUGGGACAAUGCCGAGGACGUUAUUCGGACUGUCCCGUACCGCGUGAAAAAGCCACUCAAAGCAAGAGAAUGCAGGAUGCGGAGACAUAAACGUCGAGGACUCAUCGACGAAUACUUCCGUUACGUGAGCAUGAAGUGGAUCGCUGGUUGGUCAUCAUUUAUUUUCAUGGCCGGUCUAAUGGCCUUCUGCUCAGGAACGGGUGGAAUGUCCACAUUUGCCUAUUGCUGCUACGUUGUGAUGUUCUUUGCCAUAUUUUCGUUCAUGUUGUUAUGGUUUGAUCUGCAAUAUGACAUGACAACUAUUCUAUGA